AUGAACGGUUUCGUGAUGAUCAAGGGCAAGCCCUGCAAGGUCGUGGACUACUCGACUUCGAAGACGGGCAAGCACGGUCACGCGAAAGCGAACAUCACUGGUGUCGACAUUUUCACCGGCAAGAAGUACGAAGAUGUGUGCCCUACCUCGCACAAUAUGGAAGUUCCUCACGUCAAGCGUACUGAGUACCAGCUCAUCAGCGUUGACGACGACGGUUUUGUUUCAUUACUCAACCCUGACGGAACCUGCAAGGACGAUUUGCAGCUCCCGCGUGACAACGACGGUGGCUUCGACGAGGUGUCCAAGCAGAUUCAAUCCUUGGUUGCUUCUGGCAAGGAGGUCUUGGUGACCGUUCUCUCGGCCGUCGGCCAGGAGAAGAUCAUCCAGUGCAAGGAACUGGUUUGA